UACAUUGUAUGUCUGACUGGCUAGACGGCUGGACUCACCAGCUGACCGGGGAAGUUGACGUAGAGAUCACUGACAUUAGACUUAACGGUUUAUUUGGUCACACUGCGUCGCUGUGUGCAACAUCCCCUUUUUAAGAAUUUGGAUCUCGUAAUUAAGAUGAAGAAAUACGCAGCACUCCGCCCACAGAGUGCCAGGGAGAAUCUGCUGCUUCCUCUGUAUCCAUUUACGAUGUUGCUCUAAAUCGGGUGAAAGGCCUCUGGUCUUCACCCUCCUCUUCCUCAUUCACUGCCUCUGUCUGCGCCGGACUGGGUUCCUGUAGUAUCUAAACGACGACGUCUAUGUUUUCAUCGCGCUCGCCUGCCACAGUGGAGCCAAUGGAAAUGUCUCGGGAAGUACAAGUCCCGCCCACCUGGGAUUUGUUGCAGGUUAAGGCCCAUGCUCAAAUUUUUCAGUAAAUAUCAGCAAAUAUCAACACAAGUUCACAACUUGGAAGCUGACAGACAAUGCUCAGUAACCAAACCAGACACCAAUGAGAGAUUACCGUCUGCUGCCAUGACGACCAGCCGCUGUACCCCAUUUCUGAAGGUGCUGCCGGUUCCAUCUGACUCCUCCCAAACGGAGUGCUGCUUGAGUGACAGUGACUUUGAUCCAAUGGGUAGUCUGGACCGCCCGAAGGAGUCUGACCUCCCAGGAAAAGCAACGGUGGAUCAAAGCAGCCCAGCCAAUGGGGAGACACAGUACUACAUGCAAGUUUCUGCCAAGGAUGGGCAGCUGCUGUCACCCAUCGUGGCAGAGUAUGCCAAACAGAGCCCCCCGAACGAGAGGCCCAUGUGUCGGAUAUGUCAUGACGGAGGCGGUCAGGAGGAGCUUCUGUCCCCGUGCGAGUGCGCCGGUUCCCUGGGCACCAUCCACCGGAGCUGCUUGGAGCACUGGCUCUCGGCCUCCGGCACCAGCUUCUGUGAGCUCUGCCACUACCAGUUCACUGUGCAGAGGAAGGCCCGGCCGCUGAUGGAGUGGGUUCGUAACCCUGGCCUGCGCCAGGAGAAGCGGACCCUUUUCGGCGACAUGGUGUGCUUCCUGCUCAUCACGCCUCUGGCUACCAUCUCGGGCUGGUUGUGCCUGCGCGGUGCAGUGGAUCACCUGCACUUCUCCAGCCGCCUGGAGGCUGUGGGUCUCAUUGCCCUCACUGUGGCCCUCUUCACUAUCUACCUCUUCUGGACCCUGGUGUCGCUCAGGUAUCACUGUCGAUUGUACAACGAAUGGCGGCAGACAAAUCAGAGGGUGGUGCUUCUCCUUCCCAAGUCAAAUGGUGAACCAUCGGCCCCGCCCUCUUUAAGAAGACCGCCUCGAGAAAAACGACCAUCUAAAGAGACUAAUGUCUGAGCUGCCGCCUCUUCAAAAGCCAUACAGGGGAAAAACUGACAAAAAUUGUGAUGGUUCUACAGGCACUGAAAUUGGGUCCUCAAGUGCCCACACUUGAAGAGUGUGGAAUUGCCUCCAAACAUGAUGUCAUUUUUGGGCAUGGACCAGCCACUGAAACUGUUUUUGCUCAGCCUUGCCACUUUCUAGCUCCUGUCAAUGGUUUUAACACUCAUUUACCCGGAAUGAGACUUACACAAAAACUUUCUCUUAGACUUGGGCGAAGAAGCGCUAAUUUUGGACUCUAGACACAGCAAAAAAAAAAUGACAACAAAAUGUACACAGGAACGGACAGGUGACAAUGGCAUUAGGAAUGGGAUGGACGGCAUAGCUGGUCACAAGGAAAGGUUUGCAAAUGUCACUGUUUGCUGUAAUUCCUGAUUCCUGAGACAUGCUGAAAACAGUCCUGUUCUUAAAACAUGUUUAAACACAGAAAUUGUAUAGUAUGUAGUCAUACCUCAUUGUGUGUAUAGUAUGUGUAUAGUAUGUGUAGAGUAUCUCAUUGUAUCAAGCACUAUUUUUUUUCUUUUUUCAAACACUUUGCUACUGUGCGCCCUGCUGAACACCAAUCAACUUAAAGCUUAGUGUUUCUUUGCAAGGCCAGUCCCCCUUAAGGAACAAGUGCAUUAAAUAAAGGCUUCAAAUACAUUUUGCCAUUGACCUUAACACAUAAAAAAGGGACAUUUUAAAUCAAUAUAUAUUUUCUUCAUUGUUUUCUGUGAAAAAUCUGGUUUUGUUUGAGAACUGGUUGACCAUGGUUGAUGGUGAUUAUGCAAAUAUAUUUUCAGUGUUGGUCCAUCACUUCUGGUGCUCUUGUGUUUGCGCUAGAGAUCCCGUGCCAUUCUAAUUCCACAGCCAUGUUUUUCCAAGUUUUUUGAUUUGUGUGAAUGUACUUGCCAGCUGAAAUAUUUGGAAUUGUGUCAAUGGUGCUUUUUCAUUUCGUUUAAAGGACUUCAUAAUCACUGCAUUGUGUUCUGCCGUGAUAAGUUAUUUCCUGGAAAUGUUUGUUGUACUCCCAAUCCGACACUAUUCAAGUUUAUGAUUAUAAAGGCUCAAAACCACUUACAAAUA